AAGGAAAGCUUCUUCGAGAAUGAAGCUCGUCUCAGGAGAAAAGAGGCUUCUUCGAGGAUCAAUCAAUGGCAUGUGCUGAUGCUCAGCAGCAGAAGCUCCACGACGCAACCCUUCUCCACUGCACCUGCGCUCCGUCCAUAUAUAUAAAGAGGGGCAUCGUGCAGCCCAACGAUCAUCACAGGCAAGAGGAAGAACCAACAGCCCAGAAGCAAUGGAGGGGAAGAAGAAGGGGGAGAAAGCGAUGGCUGCAGCCGUCGGCGUGCUCGUCAUCCUGCUAUCCGCCCGGCGGCUGCCGGUCGGGGUUGUCGACCCCAACUCAGCAUUCUGCCAGUGCUACCUCGUCUUCUUUCAGUUUGACCCGGACUGCAGUCUCAAAGGCUGGCAGAGCUGCCAUGACUACUGCUGCAAACAGGCGUGCCACUCACCUGGGGACGCUGACUUCGACGGGGUGUGCGGGGGCCGAUACCAGGCCUCGAUCUGCGGCACCGGCGUCGAGGCCACCGGCUACGAUGCCACUUCUUCUACUACUACUGAAGAUGCUGCGGCCAGCUACCGGAGCCGCCGCCACGGCAAGGCCGAGGCCGAGGCCAAGCACGGCUAGAUUCACUAUGGAUGCUUGCUUGCUGCACGGAACGGGAGGCCUUGGCGUGGUGUGACGAUCAUCUGCAGGGCUAGGGCCGUUGAUGUGUUGUGCUCAUGUGCAUCUUAUCUUACUACUAGUACUACAGUAUAUAAUAAUAAAGCCCCGUGGGAUUUACAGAUAAUACGGUUCAGUAAGUGUAAUAUACACUAUACAGCAGUAGUAAGUACUCCGAGUAUAUUGGUACGAGUGUUGCAAAGCUGAAACUGAGGACCAAACAAUGAGAUGGGCAUUUCACAAAUUUGGUUCCAUAACUUGACUGACAAGUUGGUAGUUAAUCUUUGGCCUGCAUAUUAUAAGUAACUUAAAGAUAGU